UAAAAUGUUUUCUCAUUAGCACGUAAAUAUCUUUCUGACAUAAUAUUAACAUUGGAUCUGAUCAGUUAAUUACAGACAUUAGACCAGCCUUCAACUAAUAAUUUGAAGAACAUACUAAGUAGAUAAACUAGUAAAUAAUAAGCAUAUACAGUUAAUAAACUAAGUAUAUAAACACAAAACAUUAAAUACUUAAAAGUUUCUAGACGAAAUGCAAGAAAUUAAUUGGUUCGCAGUGGCUUUCAUAGUUCUGCCACACACUGGAGGACUUGCAGGGGGCAUUAUAACGAAGAAGAAUAUAUUUUGGUACAAUGGCCUAAAAAAGCCCUUUGGCACACCACCAAGCUGGUCAUUUAGUCCAAUUUGGACGAUUUUAUAUAGUAGUAUGGGAUAUGCGUCAUAUAUGGUUUACAGAGAUGGGCAUGGUUUUGAUGGUCCUGCUGGGUUACCACUUAUUAUAUACGGAAUUAACCUUUUGGCCAAUUGGACCUGGACACCUAUGUUUUUCGCAAGGAAGAAUAUGAAAUUAGCCCUCUACAACAUGCAACUUAUCAACGCUACAGCUCUUUGUAUGGCUUACCUUUUCUACAAAAUAAAUACUACAGCUGGUCUUCUUAUUAUACCAUAUCUCACAUGGUUGGUCAUAUCAACGUAUCUCAAUUACUCCUUCAUGAUAAAGAACCCACCCAAAACAGCGACCAAUUAAAAAAUAUUAAAUAGAAUAUGUAUUAUAGUGAUAUAUUUAUUAGACUAAUGUUUAGUUAAGGCGACAAUAAUUUUUAGAUAUAAAAUAAAAUAAAAAUCUGGACAUAC